GCAAAAUGGCUGAGAAAGCAAAACAAGUGAAUUUACCAUGGGUUGAGAAAUAUCGACCAAAUCAACUGGAUGAGUUGAUAUCUCACACGGAUAUCAUCAACACAAUCAGUCGAUUUUUGAAGGAAGAUCGUCUACCUCACCUGCUGUUCUAUGGCCCACCGGGAACUGGCAAGACAAGUACAAUCCUAGCCGUAGCCAAGCAGAUUUAUUCUCCAAAGGAGUUUGGAUCUAUGACACUUGAGUUAAAUGCCUCCGAUGACCGUGGUAUUGGUAUAGUACGAGGACCAGUACUUGGAUUUGCAAGUACAAGGACAAUAUUCAGAUCCGGUUUCAAAUUGGUCAUCUUGGAUGAAGCAGAUGCUAUGACGCGGGAUGCUCAGAAUGCUCUCAGGAGGGUCAUUGAAAAAUACACGGAGAACACUCGAUUCUGUCUGAUCUGUAACUACCUUUCGAAGAUCAUUCCCGCCAUUCAGUCCAGAUGCACUAGAUUCAGAUUUGGACCACUCUCCACGGAUCAGAUGGUACCGAGGAUUGAACAUGUCAUAAGUGCAGAGAAUAUAAAUGUUACCCCUGAUGGUCUGAAGGCAGUUGUAACUUUAGCAGAUGGUGAUAUGAGAAAGUCAUUGAAUAUCCUACAGAGUACGUCCAUGGGCCAUGACUUGGUGGAUGAGGAAAACGUCUACCUAUGUGUCGGUCACCCAUUGCGACGGGACAUUGAAAACAUCUUAACUUGGAUGCUGAAUGAGGACUUUACGUCUGCUUACAAUAAUAUCUUAAAUUUAAAAACAACAAAGGGUUAUGCUUUACAGGAUAUUUUAUCUGAGAUCCAUGUUUAUGUCCAUAAAAUUGACUUUCCAAAUCAUGUGCGUAUCCUCCUGCUGGAAAAGAUGGCUGAUAUUGAAUAUCGUCUUGCAGUGGGGACAAAUGAAAAAAUUCAGCUGAGCUCAUUAGUGGCUGCUUUCCAAGUGGCGAGGGACCUGACGUUACAAGAGGCUGAAAAGGACUAAUGACACUAGCAGACCAACUGUUGUGUGGUUUGACUCUUAUUUAACUCUGCCAUAACCUAGGGCCGAGGUGCUUUAAGAUGAAGGAUCAUCUCUCAUCUUUGUGGGUUGUGUCAUUAAAAUCAUUGUGUCUUGACAGAUAGAAAUGGCCAUUGCCAUAUUCAAUGUAUGUUCUGUUCAUGGAGAUUGAAGGGUCCGGUAGGGUAUGACGCAUUCCUUAUUCUAUCUGAAGCCAUGCAUUGUUGAACUGGUGUUGUCAGAAAACAUUGCUGUGAUGAUGGUGAUGUUAUUUCGGGCAUGAUGUCUUCUGUUAAUAUCCUGGACAAAUGUCUCCUGUGAAAUAGUUUGCAGUCCUUCCUUGUAUCACUCAAUUAAAAAAGUGCUAUUAUUGUUGCUUACAAACUUGGGUGUCAUCGGUUAUUAUGCAACAAUGAAUGAAUAAAAUCAUAA